AUAAGAGAGAGGGAAAGGGACCGGUAGCAUUCACUCUACUCCGCCUUGGCUUUCACUUCCCCCAACGCAGCCCAAAGAAUCAGAAAAAAUGGCCGUCGCCAGCAUGCUCAAGGAAGCUGACAUCAAAGCUGCUCUGGAAGGAUGCAAAGCUGCUGACUCCUUCGACCACAAGAAAUUCUUCAGUGCAUGCGGUCUGUCUGGAAAGUCUUCUGAUGAGGUCAAGAAAGCCUUCGCCAUCAUUGACCAGGACAUGAGUGGAUUCAUUGAGGAGGAAGAGCUGAAGCUGUUCCUGCAGAACUUCGCUGCUGGUGCCAGAGCCCUCACCGAGAAGGAGACCAAGGCCUUCCUUGCCAUUGGUGACGCUGAUGGUGAUGGCAUGAUUGGAAUUGAUGAGUUUGCUACCAUGGUAAAGGCAUAACUUUUCACUGACCCAGAUCAACUGCGAACUUCCUGCAAGAUUUCAGUAAUCAUCAGCUGAAAGAAUGUUUUUUUAUACCUUAUUUAUGACUUGCCUACUGAUUAUUUCUCAACAUGGAACACAUGUUUUACUGUGAAUGCAUAUUGCUCAGAUGUGUUAAAUGUUCUGAAAAAAUGACUUGUGCAAAUGGUCCAACACUUUUGAAGAAGAGUGAAAAACCAAGAAUAAAUACUCUUUUGGUGUAAACUGA